GUCCUAGAUAGCUCGCUAGAGCCCUUGGAUGCAGGUAGAGCCUCAACUUUGGAUCCAGAGACAAGAACAUCUCUUUGGACAAAGACCAACUCCUGACGACCUUCUCUCCACCAUCUGAUUUACCUUGUCCUCUUCACAGAAGUCCUGAAGCCAACAUGGCCACCCCACAGUUGAAGCAAAUUCCUGACUGCUUUCAUGUUCGUGAUCCUCUACAAAUGGUGUGGGUUGUGGAGGGAGAUUCUUUGAUGGCAGUUCCUUUCAACAACAAUGUCAAACCCGUCAGUCUUGACAUAAUAUCAUGUACAGAUGAAAAAUUGCAUGAUGAAGCAAAAGGUAAUCCGGUUUACCUGGGAAUCAAGGGCACAAAUCACUCUCUCUUUUGUGCAAAAAUUCAAGGCCAGCCUACUUUGCAGAUCAAGGAGAAAAAUGUGAUGGACCUGCACGAUAUGAACGAAGGGCAGAAACCUUUUCUCUUUUUCCGCAUUAUAGAGGGCACCACCUCUGCCUUUCAGUCAUUCUCCUGCCCUGGCUGGUUCAUAGCCACCUCCUCCACGGCCAGACAGCCCAUCACUCUCACCAAGGAGAGGGGCGGAACUGAAAACACUAACUUCUAUUUAGAGCCUGAGCACUAAGUCCAGCCUGGGCUGUGGGGGGCUGAUUCCAGGACAGAGAAGCAAGCAGGCAGAGAAGCUUCUGUUUGAAAACACAGUCAGUCAUGUUAAGAGAUCACCAUGCACAGAUGCCCACACAUGGCCCACCUCAUUUUCAUCACCCAAAACCACCUCCUCCUCUGGACAUCCAUUUCUGCCCCAUGUCCCCCAUUUGAACGCCAUCCCAAUAUGAAACCUAAGAGUCACUUUUUAUUCUCUCCUGAUCUUGUCCCACCAUCCACCUGGUUGCCAAGUCCAGUUAAAUCAACAUCCCAAAAGCUUCUUGUACACAGCAGUCUCUUCUCAUUCCUUCUGACAACCUACGGCCUAGAGAUGUGAAUUUAAAAAACUUUUGUUCAUACAACCCUAUUAAUAAAAAAACAUUGUUUAUUAAUUCUA